AUGGGUCAAACAGACUCCGGUGUUCCAGAAGAAAGGGUGUUACGAGAAACAGUACACUAUUGCAAUAGAGUGUAUCAGCGGUACUCCAUAGACAAUGAGCUGUAUUGGGCUCCUGUUGACGAGGAGGAGAUACACCGCAUGCAAGCAUUACACCUCGCCAUCAACGUAGCUCUGGAUGGCAAUCUCACUAUUCCGGUUCUUGGUGAACCACAAAGAAUACUCGACUGUGGCUGCGGAUCAGCCGAUUGGGCUAUUGCGGCAGCAAACAAGUAUCCGAAGUGCGAUGUAAAAGCAGUAGAUAUUUGUCCGCAGCUACUUCCAAACAGCGUACCGAGUAAUUUGCAGCUCAUUAUUGAUGAUUUGAACGGACGAUUCACAUUUCGUUCCAGCUACUUUAGCUUCGUCCACAGCCAAAUGGUGGCGGAGGGGAUCAGUGCCAACCGAUGGGAGAAUUAUGUGCGCGAUAUUUAUCGUGUGCUGAAACCUGGCGGCUGGUGCCAGCUGUCAGAGCUGUACCUGAACGCGCAGUCGGACAACGGGACGCUGGCAGCCGAUAGCGCCCUAUCAAGAUGGUCCGCCGGCUACCUGCGCGGAUCGCAGCUUCAAAAAGACCCGCGCAUAGCGACCAAGCUGGGAAACUUGCUUAAGGUAGCGGGAUUUGCUGAAAUCAAGUGCCAAAUGUUCAAAAUGCCCAUGUCGGCCUGGUCAAACGAUGCUCGCGAACAAACAAUAGCUCAGACGAGCGUGAAUGCAAUCCAGAGCAUGCUGUAUUCCGUGGGACUCUAUCCCUUUACCAGAAAGCAAGGGUUGUCGACUGUUGACUUUGAGCAACUGGUUCAUGACGCGAGAGACGAGGCAAAAGAUCCUGCUCGCAAGGCGUAUUUUUCCUUAUAUAUGUGGACAGCUAGAAAACCGGCGACUGCCCCUUGA